AUGAACUGUGUGCUUGAUGGAAACUGCGUUAAAGCGUUUGGAAAGGCUAUUCAUGCCCUGUCCCGGAUUGGAGAUGAACUGUGGUUGGAUCCUAUGGUCAGAGGGCUGGCACUCCGAUCAGUGAAUUCUGCUCAUUCUGCAUAUGCCUGCUUCCUCUUCUCGCCGCUGUUCUUCCAGCAGUACAACCUGGGAUCAGUAUCAGAACAGGGCAAUGAAACAAUCAAAUGCAAGCUGAUUAUGAAGUCUGUGCUGCCACUUUUCCGGUGUUUGACUUCCAUUGAGCGUAAUGUGAAACGAUGCCAGAUAUCAAUCAGCGCUCCCUGUGACCGAGUGAUGAUCCAGUUUUUCUGCAGACAUGGCAUCACCAAAACCCAUAAUGUACGUUUCCAGGAAAGCGAGCCUCUCCAGGCAGUGUUUGCCUCACACCUGUGUCCCAAUGUGCUGAAGACUCCUCCCAGGCUUCUUGGUGACAUGGUGAUGCAUUUCCCAGUGUCUCAAGAAGAAAUCACUCUGUCUAUGACUCCUCUGAGAGUCAGUCUGAGAAAUUACUUUGAGGGGGCAAAGGAUCAGAUAAAGACGAUGCACACUGAGAUAACCUUACACCCAGAGGAGUUUGACUACUUUCAGGUCGGAGUGGACUUAGACAUAACCUUCUGUCUGAAGGAGUUGAGGGGUUUAUUGGCCUUUGCAGAGAUGCAUUGCCUUCCAGUGUCAGUUCACUGUAGUGCUACAGGAAGGCCUGUCUGCUUCUCAGUGGAGGACAUGGUUCUUGAGGCCACUGUGGUGCUGGCUACUCUGACUGACUCUGAAAGCAGGGGUCCUUCUCAGCCUACAGAGACCCCAGUACCCACUACACCCAGGUGUGUAUAUGCUGCUGCUUUACCUGUGGGUUCCUGUGAGGCACACAGCAACAUACCUCAAGAUAUUGCAGCUGUGACAGAGAUAGUAGCAUCCAGCGUGGACAGCCCUAUAAUCAACCCACCUGCUCUGACACAACUUCUGCCUCAGACUGUCAUUCCUAAUGAGUUCUGUGUGCCUGAUGCAGCCUGUCCCAGCACCAGCACAACUCCUGCUUCCACUGUGAUCUGCUCUCUCCUGUUCAGGGCCUUGUCUUCAGAUGAGGAUGAGGAUGAUGGUUGUGCUGCAGGACUGAAUGUCCUGGCAUGUUACAGUGACGAAGAGGAGACUAUGUAG